GCAUGCGCCUUCCUGCCCGCGCUUUGUUGCGAAAGUGAGGGGGCGAGCUCCCGCGGUGCGGGCGUGCAGCGCGGCUAGACGCUGCGGGCAGGGCGGAGGAUGCAGGCGGUAGCGUCCGCUGCAACGGUUGGGGCUGCGCGUGAGAACGUGGCGGUAUAGGCACCUGCACUCUGGGAAGGCUGGCGGCGGCAGCAGCGGCGGCGGCGGCGGCGGCGGCGGCCGGGCCAUGGCGGGAGACCCCCUUCUCUGGGCUCCCUGAAGUCCCGGGGAGCCGUGACCCAUGGGAUCGUUGAGCAGCCGGGUGCUGCGCCAGCCGAGGCGAACCCUUGCCGAGCAGGAGCAGGGUGCCAGAGUGGGGGGCUCGGCCCGGAGGCCGGACACUGGAGACGAUGCUGCGGGCCACGGCUUCUGUUACUGCCCGGGUAGCCACAAGCGCAAGCGGAGCAGCGGGGCCUUCUGCCACUGUCACCCAGACUCGGAGACGGACGAGGAGGAGGAGGGGGACGAGCAGCAGCGGCUCCUCAACACCCCUCGAAGGAAAAAAUUAAAGAGUACAUCCAAAUAUAUUUAUCAAACAUUAUUUCUGAAUGGUGAAAACAGUGACAUUAAGAUUUGUGCUCUAGGAGAAGAAUGGAGCUUACACAAAAUAUAUUUAUGUCAAUCUGGCUACUUUUCUAGUAUGUUCAGUGGUUCUUGGAAAGAAUCCAGCAUGAAUAUUAUUGAACUAGAGAUUCCUGACCAGAACAUUGAUAUAGAAGCACUGCAGGUUGCAUUUGGUUCACUGUAUCGAGAUGAUGUCUUGAUAAAGCCCAGUCGAGUUGUUGCCAUUUUGGCAGCAGCUUGUAUGCUACAGUUGGAUGGUUUAAUACAGCAGUGUGGUGAGACAAUGAAGGAAACAAUUAAUGUGAAAACUGUAUGUGGCUAUUACACAUCAGCAGGGACCUAUGGAUUAGAUUCUGUAAAGAAAAAGUGCCUUGAAUGGCUUCUAAACAAUUUGAUGACUCACCAGAAUGUUGAACUUUUUAAAGAACUCAGUAUAAAUGUCAUGAAACAGCUCAUUGGUUCCUCUAACUUAUUUGUGAUGCAAGUCGAGAUGGAUGUAUACACUGCUCUAAAAAAGUGGAUGUUCCUUCAACUUGUGCCUUCUUGGAAUGGAUCUUUAAAACAACUUUUAACAGAAACAGAUGUCUGGUUUUCUAAACAGAGAAAAGAUUUUGAAGGUAUAUCCUUUCUUGAAACUGAACAAGGAAAACCAUUUGUGUCAGUAUUCAGACAUUUAAGGUUACAAUAUAUUAUCAGUGACCUGGCUUCUGCAAGAAUUAUUGAACAAGAUGCUAUAGUACCUUCAGAAUGGCUAUCUUCUGUGUAUAAACAGCAGUGGUUUGCAAUGCUUCGGGCAGAACAAGACAGUGAGGUGGGGCCUCAAGAAAUCAAUAAAGAAGAACUAGAGGGAAAUAGCAUGAGGUGUGGUAGAAAGCUUGCCAAAGAUGGUGAAUACUGCUGGCGUUGGACGGGUUUUAACUUCGGCUUCGACCUACUUGUAACGUACACCAAUCGAUAUGUCAUUUUCAAACGCAAUACGCUGAAUCAGCCAUGUAGCGGAUCUGUCAGUUUACAACCUCGAAGGAGCAUAGCAUUUAGAUUACGUUUGGCUUCUUUUGAUAGUAGUGGAAAACUGACAUGUAGUAGAACAACUGGCUAUCAAAUACUUACACUUGAAAAAGAUCAGGAACAAGUGGUGAUGAACUUGGACAGCAGGCUUCUGAUCUUCCCUUUAUAUAUCUGCUGUAACUUCUUGUAUAUAUCGCCAGAAAAAAGAAUUGAAAAUAAUCAUCACCCAGAAAAUGCAGAAAACUGAAGAUCUCAUCAGUUGGAAACAUUAGCACUUUGAAAACUUUUUAGGCCAGCUUUAAUUUAAUGGCCCUACUGAUAUUCACAUCUAAGGUGACUAACAAUGACAAAGGCCUUACAAACUGUACGGACAAUACAGAAGAUUAUUCUUAUCCUCAGUGCGUUUCUAUGCAUAUAUGAAAAAACAUUUUAAAGCCAAGAAAAUAUCUGUCAAACUGUUUCUGUUAGAAAGACGUCAACUCACGCUUUUAAUUUAGCAUCAGUAGAAAAUUGCUGUAGGUAAAUCUCACGUUUAUCUGCAAUAACAUAUAGAUUUAAUUUUUAGCUUAAACUUUGUUUCUACCUUAUGUUAGUGGACCUCAGUUACCCAUCUGUAAAUUUAUUUUUAUUUGGCUAAAAUAAUCUAAAAGAAUAAUUUGGAUGGCCAAUUAGAAAUGCUCUUUUCAGUUGGUGCAUUUAAAGCUUUCCUUUAAUGUUUUCACCUGCUCAUUAUGAUUCCUCCUUUUAGUCUAAUAUCUUUCCAGUCCAUACUUGUUUUUAAUCAUUAAAUACUUUCUUCCUGGUUUUGGAAACUAAGCUGAGAAACUUUGUUUAAACUUAAGCAUUGUCAUGCUAUUUUUUUAAAUUUGGCUGUCCUAGGAUUUUAAGAACAAUGAAAGGUAGCUUCAUACCUUCAAAUGACAUUGAAUGAGGGAAAAAUCCAUUUGAUUCCAAGGAUAUUUCUUGCCUUACAUGGUCUUUUCUUUGACAGUCUGUACACCUUUAUUAUUAGGUUUUGAAUUAUUUAUGUACCAGAUAUUAUAGUUUUAAACAUUUUAAUAUUCUCUGAUCUUUAGAAUUAUUUAUGUCCAAAUUUUAGUUGGGAACUUUGUUUCCUGUUUAAGCUCAGGACUUUAUACCCUCUGAAUUGAGUGCCUUUGAGUUACACAUGCUAAUAGAAAUUUCAUAGUAAAUGUAAAUAAGGUCAGAGGUUCUAAUAUAGAAGUUCAAUGAAGCAUUAAUGUAAAAAUGGAACUUAUUUUUGUCAAAAAUGAGAUGUACACUUGUCAGAUUUAUAUAUUUUGACCUUUUGUGUUAACUGUUUUGAAAAUAGCCAUGUUCAUUUUCUUUCCAGUUAGAGUAAGUACUUCUGUGGUUAAUGUAUAGUUUUACUAUGGCUUUUAAUAUAGGAAUCAUUUUUAUGUAUCUGUGCAAAUAAUAAAUGCCCAUUUGGAAAAACAAUAAAUAAUCUCUUAUAUAAAAUGGACCAAACCCCCCCCUUAAUUGAAACCAAAAUUUUUUUUCUUUCUAGUUAGAUUUUUUUCCAACUCCUUUUAACUUUUGGAAUCUAUUAAGAAUUUUCUUCUUCCUUAAUGAUAUGUCCAUAGGUUCAUAAAUUGCUUUUCUUUUAAAAUUCAUCCACUUGGUUUAACUUAAAGGAAACUUGUAAAUGCCUCACCCAUGACCUCCAGAGCUGGAAUUUAAAUGUUUCUAAUACAGUGAUUUGGCCAUUAUCAAGAGGUUACAUUUCAGCUGGGCAUCAGCUGGGUGUGGUGGCUCACACCUGUAAGCCCAGCACUUUGGGAGGCCGAGGAAGAAGGAUCAUUUGAGGUCAGGAGUUUAAGACCACCCAUGACCAACCUCGUGAAGCCCCAUCUCUACAAAAAAAUACAAAAUAAAAAUUAGCCAGGUAUAGUGGCACAAGCCUGUAAUCUCAGCUACUCAGGAGGCUGAGGUAGGAGAAUCACUUGAACCCGGGAGGGAGGCAAAGGUUGCAGUGUGCAGAGAUCAUGCCGUUGCACUCCAACCUGGGCAACAGAGCGAGACUCCAUCUCAAAAAAAAGAAGAGGUUACAUUCCUUAUUUUUAUAUUUGGCUAUAUUAGGUCUCUUUCACUGGAAGCUGUUGUUUUCUUUCUGUCUCAUUACUGUGUAAGAGGUUCCUUACCCUUUCUUUAUAUAUUGAAAAAUAUGUAAAUGCCAAGCUUAAAUUAUUUGGAUAAUUUUUUGCAAAUCUUGGAAGUAAAGAUAAUGUUUGAGUAUAUUAAUGAAUAAAAUUAACUGUUUCAUUUCACUUAUAUAAGUUAACUGGCCAAAUUGGAGUUGUAUGUGGUUUCAUCCAAUGGUUCUGUCGUGGCCAAGUUGCUUAUGUCAUCCAUAGACAGGAUAAUUCUUUCUUCAAUCACAAGUAGGUUAAUGUUCUUAUUUGAGAAGUUGAUAAUUGUCAGCUAGUAAUUCACAUUGAUAGUAAAGAUGUCCUUUUGUUUUCUUACCAAAUACUUUGACGUGUUUGCAUAGUUUGUUCUUUCAAUAGAAAUAUUUUCAAUAAAGUGUUAAUAGUGUAAGCUAAAGUAUUGUAUAAACUAUGGUUUAUGAAUCUUUGCAUUGUGUCAGCUUUUGUCUUGCAGCCUCUACUGUUUUUUAUUCUAGGGCUAGAAAAAACAAUAUUUACAUUUUAAGCAUUAUUUGUGUCUGUCUAUCAGUAAGGAAGAAGUCUUUAAGAAAAUAUGUCCUAGAAUUUCACACUAAGGUAUUAAGGGAUAUGAAUACCUUUCCUUUAAAAAAAAAAAAAAAAAAAAGUGGCUUGGCAUGAAACUUACCAAGAUAGGCAAAAUCAUGUGGAGAACAGUGGUAGUCACUGUUUUGUUUUGUUUUUUUAAACCAAGUGUUUCACAGCUAACAUUUUAUCUCAUUUUAAGUCUUUGAAUAGGAUUACUGUCAUAUGUGGACAACUUUCAAUGUCAAAUGCAAAAAUAGGGUUACUGAAGAUCACUGUGGCCACUUAAGUGUAAGUUAAUUAAAAUUUUUAAAAAAUUAAAAUGUACUCCCUCAGUCACACUAGCCACACUGUAAGUGCUCAGUAACUCAUGUAGCUGGUGGCUGCCAUACUGGACAGUACAAAUACAGUAUAUUUCCAUUGCAGAAAGUUCUGAUAGCUGAUGUAGAAUAUUGGACUAGUAAUGGUUAAACUGUUUAAGACGAACCUGUGUAAAGAAUAGAAAAUAUUAGAGCCAGGGGUACAAAUGAUAAGCAUAGAUGACUUGUCAAUCACCUGAAAUAUGUUCAAGCAGUAUGGACCCAGUCAUGUGACUGGAUU